UGAACUGUAUGCGAUAUUUCAGUUGGCUAUAACAGCUCGUCGCUACUUGUCGGAAAUAACGGAAAGUUAAAUUAUUGAUAAAAAAGAAAAUAAGAAAAAUAAAAUUGUGAAAGCAAACCAUAUGACAGAGACUUUGGAAAAAUAUUUAAUUUCAAUCAAUUUGCUAAUUUUUGGUUAAAACAAAUGUUUAAAGCAAAAGUACAUAAAAAAACGAGAAAUUAAACAAAAAGAAGCAUUAAAGUGUUUUAUAUAAAAAUCGAAUUAAAAUCAAUUUAAAUGGAAACUUUUUGUACAUUCAUAAAUUUGUGUCAUUACAACAAAUGUCGUGGCUACACAAAGUCAAACAUAUAUAGACCAAAUACUUAAAUAAAAUACACAAAAAGUUAUAAACAAAUUAAGGAAAUUUAUUUAUUAAUUGAAAAACGAAAACCUAUAUAAAAUUAUUGUUAUUUAAAUAUACUACAAACAUACUUCCAUUAUAAACAAGUAUAUAACUAUAUAGUACAUACAUACAUACUAUAUUAUAAAUACAAAACAAACAAAAACAAAAACAAAUAAAGAAAUACAAAGUACGAAAGAAAGAAAGAAAAGAAGAAUAAACUCUUUAACCUGUAGCAUUUGUGAAAUAAAAACAAAAAAAUAAAAAUAAUAAUAAAGAAGAAGAAAGAACAAAACAAAACACUAAAACGACAGUAACACAAAACAAGAAACACUGUAAAAAUAUAUAUAUACAUACGUAUUAUAUUGUAUCUAAAAGAUACAAAAAUUAUCUAGUCAGCUGACGAAAAUCACGUACUCUAUAAGGAGGAAAAUUAAGGAACAAUAUUUUUAAAAAGCAGCCAACGUUCAACGUUAAUUCCAAAAUGUGGUGCAUUGUUAAUUUACCAAACGGUACUCAACAGGCCGUUAAAUGGGACCCGAAAGCCAUAGGCCAAGAAUGCUUAGAAAAGGUAUGCAAAGCAUUGGGUGUAAUAUGCGAAAUGGAAUAUUUCGGAUUAGAGCAUUGGGUUCCCAAUCAAAAAGAAUCUCGUACGCAUCAGUGGAUUAAUUUGCGCAAUCGGCUUUCUUGUGAUGGCGGAAGUGGCAGUGGCAUACAAUUGAUGUUGGCGUUGCGGGUAAAAUUUUGGGUUCCGGUCCAUUGCAUAUUACAGGAAAGCGUCCGUGAUUUAUUCUAUAUGCAAGCAAAAGCUGACUUAUUGGAAGGACGACUUUCUGCGAGAAACUGGUCGAGUGCUGCCAAACUGGCUGCUUUCUUGUGCCAAGCCGACGGUUUGCGUUUCAAUGAGACUUCACUUAAGUCCGAUUGUCCUCUUAAAAUUAAAAGAGAACAAGAGCGAUUGAAGCAUCUUCACCAUCAGCAGCAGCAACAACAGCAGCAGCAACAACAACUACAAAAUCAACAACAACAGCAAGCAACAACUGGAAAAGAACGCAAAGAGAAAGACUAUGUGUUGUCGUUUAAAAAACGUCGCUUAUCGAAACAGAAGUCUGUGGAAAAUAUAGAAAAUGCUCAGUUAUCGUCUCAGGCCUCAUCCUCAAACACUGCUGCUGGUGCUUCAACAACGGUCUCAACGAGUAACAUACGCCAAGCGGAAAAUAACAAAUCUACCUCUAGUACAAAUGAAAAUUCAACCAAAGUAUCUGAUGAUGUAAAUAGUACCUGUGAUAACAAACACCAAGAAACAGAUAUAUCCAUAGAGAAACGUAUAGCGGCAUCACCUCUGCGUAUAUAUCAAGAAUACAUAAUUACGCCGGUAAAUGAUGAAGCCGACGUCGAGAUGCCCGAAGACUUUCUCAAGCAAAUUGCCGUAGAGCACGGUAAAUUGUCCAUGCUGAAGAUGCCACCAAAAGCAGCAAAGUAUUGGUUGCUUAAAGAAAUUCAAGAUUUGCCGGGAUACGGCGAAGAAGUUUUCAGUGGUGUAACGACUUUGGAAAAUUCUCAAUGUUGUGAUGUAGCCGUUGGCGCCCAUGGUAUUAAAGUUUCCACUGGAGACAACGAAAGAAACAUUCCUUUCAGUGCAAUAGCGGCGGCUAAAUCGUUUCGCCGUACCUUUAAAUUGGAAUAUGUAGACGAUCAUAAUAUUCGAAGAGAAGUGGAAAUAAAGUUGCCAAAACAUGCAAUUGCAGCUGGACUGUACAGAUCUAUAACAGAACGACACGCCUUUUACGUUUGUGAUAAAGUGAGGGGCGUAGUAACGAAUCAAUUUACUCGUGAUCUUAAGGGAACCAUAGCUUCGAUGUUUAAAGAAGAUACUGAACUGGGAAAGCGAUAUGUUUUUGAUAUUCAGCAUACCAGCCGAGAAGUACAUGAUCAAGCUCGUCGGAUAUUACAUGAACGCGGUAUUGAAACAUCGACCCAUAGCGAUGGUUCUGGUUUGGGUGAUCUUGGCCGCUACUUACCACAUUUGGCCGGUAGCACAGAUGCUGAAGAUCCAAAUGUUUCCUCUAUGGCCUGUAAAUUGGAUCUGGUGAUACGCGAAAAGGAAGAAAGAGAGGCUGCCAUUGAACGAUGCGUGGAUUCUAGAAUAUCUGAGGCUAUGACCUGUAAAAUUUGCAUGGAUCACGCCAUAAAUACAAUGUUCAAUCCUUGUUGCCACGUCAUGGCAUGUGACCAAUGUGCUGCUAAAUGCGACAAUUGCCCAAAUUGUCGGGUGAAAAUCACAAGUGUUGUUAAAAUCUUUUUACCUCCUGAAUUACGAACAACACAAUCAAGUGCCUGUACCAGUAACAAUUUAGAUGGUCUAAACAUAAGCCAUCAAUCGAAUACUAGAAAAGUAACAACGGCUGCAUAGAAUUGAUUUUUAGAUUCUCUAGUUAUUGUCACAUCUUAUAGAAUAGUUUUGUGUACAUUUCAACUGACUAUUUUAAUACUUUUAGUAUAUUUUUAACAUUUUCAUCGCAAUUUUUUUGACAUAACUGUAAAUAGCAAUUAAUUGCAAAUUAUUUAAUUCCUUCAAUUAGCAUUUAAGUACUAUUUUUGCUUUUAUUUAAACUUUUAUAAUGUACCAUAUAUUUAUUUAUAUGUUAAUUUGUCGUAAACAAAUAUUAAAAUAUCAUUACAUACAUACAUACAUACAUACAUACAUAUGUAGUAUAUUAUUUCUGGAUAGACAUGUACGAAUAUACUAUAUAAAUAUUAUUGUACGUAGUUAUGUAAAUUUGCUUUUUCAGUAACUUUUAUACUAAAUUAAAUCACAAAUUAAUUAUUGUAAAAAUAUUGUUAUAUUUUUUUUAACUUGAAACAAUGGUCGCAAUCAAACAAUGCAAAUAGAUAUUUAAAGAUGUUGAAAUAUUUAUAUAUGUAAUAUUAAUAUUGAACGAAUAAACGUUAUGUAAUUAAAAUAAAAAAUCCGAUUACAAAAUAAUCUUAAAUUCUAA